CCGUUGGCCAACGUAACGCAUACAUUAUCACAUACCGUACCUCUCUAUAAAAUACUACCAAACCACCGAAUCCACAUACUACAACUUUGGAGGUCUGAGUGAGUCAUCGACAAGUCCACGAUGGAGGGUCGAUGUUUCCUCUUUCUACUGUUCCUCCUUGUGCCGGCAUUGACUCAAGACUCCCCCUGCCCUGAUGGCUGGGUGGACAUUGACGAUUGUUGCUACUACUUCUCUGAGGACAAAGUGAGCUACAGUGCGGCAAAGUAUGAAUGUGAGGAGUACCUAGACGGCGACCUGGUCGCCUUUGACGACUGUGACGAAAUGGAACAGAUUACGUCAAUUGGCGAACCUUGCCCGUACUGGGUCCACCCGACGACCGAUCUCGACUGCUUGGGGGAAGAGCCAGAAUAUGAAAACAAGUACAUCUGCAAAAUCGAUAAAGAAACAGACUGUGAAGCAUACUGCGGCGGCUCGUGUUGGGAGGAGGGUGCGAUCGGCUGUGCUUGGCCAUUCGGCUCUAGGUCUAACGACCCCCGAUGCAGCUGUCCAGACGGCUACUUUUGCUGCGUGCCAACUAACGGGACUACCUGCGUCGGGCACUGUCCAGGAGGAGAGUGUAUUGAUCCCGACCCAAACAUGGCGAAUGGAGGUUGUACUGGAGUGUGGAAGGAUCCUGAAGAGUGCUCGUGUCCAUACGACCAGCGCUGCUGUUGUCCACAAGUAACGGAAUGUGAAAACUACUGCUACGGCAUGUGCAAGUACUACUAUGAGGAGUGUACCGGAGACUACGAGUGGGUCUCUGACGGGGCCAGUUGCUCCUGUGAGGGCGACAAACGCUGCUGCGUGCCGAAAACGCCCAGCUGCCGAACAAGCUGUGAAGGGAAGUGUAUAGAUGAAGACGAUCCGUGUGACGGACAGUGGAUGGACCCUGACCUGUGUCCAUGCCCAGACUUCGGGCGCUGCUGCUGUAAAAACGAUACUUCUACUACUGAGCCUCCUCCUACAGAGUGCCCAAUGACGGACCCACCACUUUCCACGGAUGAGCAUGGUUGUGGGCUGCCCGAGGUUGCAUCCAUACCAGACGAUAAAGUUUUCGACUUUGAAGGCAUGUACGAAACUCUGACGUACGCUGAAUCUGAUGAGGACGCGGCUGACACAAAAUUCGAUCAGGUCAAAGAAGAGUUUGAGAAGUUGAGUUACAAAGACGGAGAUACCCUGUCAAGCAUGUCAGGGGAUCUCACGGAGGCCGUCAGAGCAGAAAGGGAUGCCUGGGUUCUGCAAUACACCGACCCUGACACUGGCUUCGAAAUUUCCAUCAUGCUUCCAGGCUUUGACCCCAGAACAGGGGUGCUGCCAGAAGAUCUAGACCUCUCGGGACUCUCUGUUAGCGUUGAGUUUAGAGCCAGACUCGAUCUUUUGAGGCAGCGUUACUUAGCAUUGCGGCUCAGUGUGAAUAUCCAAGCCUUCCUUCCAGAUUGCGACCUUAUAAUUGAAGUUGAGCUGAAUGUGUAUUUCCGUCUUGUUAGGGUGCCCCUAGUUCUCAUAACCUGCGUCACAAUAGAGUGUGAGGCAAUAAUCAUUGUCCCAGUUAUUUGCUACACCCAGACCUGGUACUGGGUAGGUGAGCCAUAUUGUGAUUGGUAUCUGGUGACGAGAUGCUACGUCAAGUAUCUGAUCAUACACCUCACCUGGUGGGUCAGAGUCUGGUGGAUCACAGCUUUCCCACCAUGGGCAAUACAACCUCUACCAGAGUGUCCCGACCCUGACUUGGGUGCUAUAGCUCCUUAUGAAGGGUUCAAUCGAAGAUUCUUGGAUAUGGCAAUGGACAACUUCAGGUCUAGAAUUUCUGACGACAUGUCAACAGAACUUCGCGUAGAUGAGUUCUCGUUUGUGUAUGAGGCGGAGUUACAGGAUAGGGAUAACACUGCACUCCUGGAUAUGGAUGGUAGUGUGACGGACGCAGUCAACGGCGCGAGGGACAUGUGGAUCCUAACGUUUAGGGAAUCAGAGGGCGACAUGGAAACCAGCAUUCUACUCGAAAACUUUGAUCCAACAGUUGACGAGUUACCGGACGAAUAUGAACUCGGUGACCUCUCCGCCUUCGGAGCGUACAGCCAGCGCUACCUUCUGCUGUUCAGCCAGCGGUACAGGGAGAUGAGGGCGUCGGUAUCGCUCCGGCUCAUCUUCCCGACAGACUGCGGGCCCGGAUUCUUCUCCCUUCAGCUCAACGCGCGCUUCACCCUACGAAGGCUCCCGUUCUUCCUGCUAGCUUGCUGGGAAAUUGAAUUUACAGAAUUUCUCAUCGUCCCAGUCCCUUGUUUUGAAAUCUGGAUCAUCUGUGGCAUAAAAGUGGUCAUACCUGUGAUCAAAGUCAUAAUCAUACGGCGAACAUACUGGUUCGGACUUUGGGUCUUCAUCCCACGUCCAGACUGUCCAUGGCCACCACCCGCAAAGCCAGGUUCGUGCAUCGAAAUGGGCUUCCCAACUGGUCGCAACAACGGUGACAUCGUCAGAUACGAGUGUAAGCCAGGCUUCCAAAGAUGCAAGGGACGGGAAACACUCGUCUGUUGGAAGGGGCAGUGGCGGCCUCAGGGUAACCAGCUGGAGUGCGGACCGGCCUGCCCCCCACACCCCCCAGCCGGGUACGGUGCGUACCGUGUGCGUUGCGUACGAACAAACGCCAACUGGCUCGGGGCGAAAGAAAAUUGUGUCUACAGAUGUUACAGAGGUUGGGUGCGUUGGACGGGCUCGUACAACAGGAUCUGUCGCAGAGGCGUCUGGACUGGGAGUCAGCUAGUAUGCUUCCCUCCAUGGAACCGGCCUGUCUUCCCACACGAUUGUCAGGACAUCAAAAACAUGGACCCGUCCCUGGACAGUGGAAUCUACAUGAUAUAUCCAAGCGGCCCCGAACCCGGGUUCCUGGUGUACUGUGACAUGGAGACUGACGGAGGAGGCUGGACGGUGUUCCAAAGGCGGCAGGAUGGCUCAGUGGACUUCUACCGCGACUGGGACGACUACAAACACGGCUUCCCAGCCGACAACAUGACGGGCGAAUUCUGGCUCGGCAACGACAAGAUUCAUCGCCUCACAGUGCAGAGGAACUACGCGUUGAGGGUGGACCUGGAGGCCGACGAUGGAGACACGGCAUACGCGGAGUACAGCUGGUUUGGUGUGAACUUUGACGGGGAUAACUACAGGGCCACCAUCGCAGGCUACUCCGGAACCGCAGGGGACUCUAUGCUCUCAACAACAGCAGGUCUCAGUCUAAAUGGAAUGGAAUUUAGCACCUACGACGAUGACAACGAUAAUGAGGCUGAUGGAAGUUGUGCCGUUCGGUUCCACGGCGCCUGGUGGUAUAAUGCAUGUGGUGAGUCCAACCUGAAUGGAGAGUAUGGUGGCACGGAUUUUGGGAAGGGUGUCGUUUGGAACUCAUUCAGAGGAAUGCGUGAAUCUCUGAAGUUCACUGAAAUGAAAGUACGACCCGUAACCUGAGUCAGAAAUGAUUGUUGCAAAACUGUGAUUGGCAAAAACGAUUCAGACUCUAUUCCUAAUUGUUCCUUAUUCUCAAAAAAUGUAUUUGGAUUAAACUCUUUGAUUUCUGAGAAAACUAAAGAUUCUCAUUUGCUCAGAUCUUUUCAGUGAUCACCAUCUGUUGUAUAAUAAAACCGACAAAGCAAUGGAAAAUGUUACCCCUUGAACUGUUUCUGAAAUAGAAAACAGUACAUCCUUCUCUCUUUUCUGUCAAAUCACAAUAGUAUCCUGACAUUUUGCAACCCUGACUCAUAAGAUCACAGCCUACCAUUAUCAACAUUACCGAUGUUUGAAUUCCAUAAGAAAAAUCACAAUUUUUUCAAGAAAAAUCAAUGUCCUCUCUUUUCUCGGCCAUCUUUCUGAAAUAUAUUGCCCCAGAAAAUCCAAAUCAGAAGUGUUGGUUCAAACACAUAAAAUAAUACGAUAGGUUUUCUGGCGAUGCUUUAGGGCGGAGCCUAAAUUCUGAGCCAAAUGUCCCUUGUUUGUACACACAAUGGACAGGCAGCUCAUGCCAUGCAAGCAUGCUGCAA